CAUAAACAUUACUCACCUAUGAACUCGAUGGACACAGUCAUAAACAUUGAAAGCAAUCCAUUUCUGCUAAUAUUGCGAAUUGUACAGCAAAAAUGUUAAGUAAUUAUUUGUUGAAUCAGCAGAAAAUUCUCCUGAUUAAAGAUCAAUUUGGAUUGGAAAACACUUCCCAGAAAAUUGUUUACAAAUGGCUCACAGAGCAAAAAGGGAAUGAUGUGAGCUUGAAUGUUCUCAAAUCAUUGAACACGAAUGAACACCCAUUUCUCCUCAUCCGCGUCGCACAAUUAUCCCGCAACAACAACCCCUCCUCAAUAUUCGAAUUUGUACAUCAAUGUAGGAAACUCAGCGCUGUGCAGUAUUUGUUCCUGUGGUCUACGGAGAAGAAUAUAGCGCAAACGUUCCUGGUUCCUUACCUUGAGCACAUGUCCGAUUUGGUGCUAACCGUCGAGGACGACAAAAAUCUUUCGAUACUGAUUAAAAAAUCAGGUGGUUCCAUCAGCAACAAACACUAUCAUUACCAGGUUCUUGACGGUUGCUUCUCGGUGAAAGAAUCGAAAAAGUUGGACCGGAGCAAACAUACUUCCGAAACGAUGAAACCCACGAUCGAUCCGGCAUCAUUGGGGACAUUCAAAAUAGGCGAUCUGAGAAAGGAAGAGCAGGAAGCAAAGGAUGCCCUCACAUUGCCCUUCGAAUUCUACAAACCUACGGCGGACGGCGGGAAAGUUUUAUACCAUCCGGAUGCCGAAGAUGACCUGGAUGAGGAGGAUCCAGAUGACGAUUUGUUGAUAUGAGUUGUUUUUUUUUUUUGAAAAUACAUGAUUUGUUUUAUUGAUAACAA